CGUAGGCUCCUCAAUACUUGCAUUGCUGUUCUCUACGUGAGAAAGCUUGGAUUCUUUCUCCACUGCAGUGUUAGUCUCUUCUGAAAAGGCGCUGUGGAGUUUCAGGAGAAAAACUAGUAGGGAGAUUCUAAUUAUUGCCCAUGUAUUAGUCACUGAUGGGUUCUUGGCGCGGCUUUUCAGGUAUAAAAUAGGUUCAUCCAUAACGAAUCUUCGCAUCAGAUCUCAGUCAUAACAUCUAAGCGUGCAGUCCGGUAGUAGUUGAGCCAAAAAACCAGAGCAGACAUCAGAACAGAGAGAGCGCCAAACCUAUAAGCGCGGUGGUAGAUAAUAAGCGCAACAAAUAUGUCAUGUGACCUCCACGUGGACGGCUCCAUGGGAAAAAAUGGCGGCGACAGACCUGGACGAAGAGUCUUGGCUCUACGGAGAAGGUUAUACUGCAACCUCCAAAUCAGACGGCGGCGUAAACGAGAAACAACUCGGAAACAAAGGAAGAUCCAGAUCUCCGCUACUGGACGACCUCGAUGAUGUCAUAGUCAAUGCUGAGAUGAAGCAGCGAACCAACAAGAUUGUGUCGGUUUCGAGCAGCCUCCAGCCCAAAGCCACUACACCUUCCGAGGAUGCAAAGACCCCAGUGGAGGACGAAGAUGGAGUAUUUGAUACGGAGAAGAGGGAGGGAGAGGGAGAGGAGAAGGCCGUGGGAGAGGGGGAAGAGGAGGAGGAGGAAGAGAGUGAUAGUGACGAUUCCGAUGUGCAGAUUGUUAUCGGACCCAUUGAGAACCAUCCUGUUCCCUUCUACCCGGGAAGGCUACCCUCCACCUCCAAUGCAGUACUGACUGGACCAAAGAAGGUGGAUGUGGAGGCAGUACCCACCAUUGGUGGUCAGAGUAUCUUUGAGAUUGAUCUCGACUCGGCCGACAAGCCAUGGAGACUGCCAGGGGCGGACAUUACUGACUAUUUCAACUACGGAUUCACGGAAGAAACGUGGCGACUGUACUGCGAGAAACAGCGCAGGACCAAGACGGAGGUUGCGCAACUCAACAAAAUCGCUGUAAGCCAAACACCACCAGCCGUGGACCCCCCCUCCUGCCCCCUUCUGCGGCGGUAUCGUAGCUCUAGCACAAUAGUAGACUGUAGCCUGUUCUUUGGUAACACUAACUACUCUAGUCUAGUCUCAUUCUUUGACGAUGUCAUGAUUUCUGUGUCAAUGUGUGUCUUUUUUGUGAAAUCGGUUUUUGAGAAAGUCCCGGCACUCAGAAAAAAUUCUUUUGACUUUGUCUUUUGGACUUACUAUACAUUGAGAUUAGGUCCACACGACUCGAAUCUCCACCCUACAAAGGUCGGGGAUGGUGACGCUUUCUCCACCAUCCCUUCAAUUACAGGGUCCUCUCUCCCUCCUCCCCCCAUACACCACUUCUCCCUCCAACAUCAUGGUCUUCUGCCGCCCACACUCCUCCCCCCUCCCCCCCUCCCCCAUCUCCCACAUGGCAUGCUGCCUCCAGUCCUUCCAGAGGCCCCCUCCUCUUCGCAGGACUUGUCCGCUGGUGCUCAGGGUGACCAUGAGGACAGAAACAAGACCCCAGAUCCGGCCAAUGAGAAGGAGGAAGGAUCCGAUGGCAGAGCUACUCCCGGGGUUGACCAAGAAACGCCAGAAGUGCUGCCUCACAGUGGGAAAGUCCCUCUCCUUCCACCUCCGCCUACAUCUCUAUCCAUGCCCCCAUUCUCCAUGCCCCCUCCAAUCAGAUCCAAUAUGUCGGGGGCGCCCGACGUCACCAAUGCCAUGGCGGCCAUGUUGAGCGGGUUUAGGCAACCAGAGCAUCAUUUCCCCGGCUUCCUCCCUCCCCCCGGUUUCCCACCUCCCUUCCACCCCCAGCUCCCCGGGGGCGAUUUUAGACCUCGGGUCCCCCCGUUUCCGGGGGGUCCUCCGCCGUUUCCCAUGUUGCCCGGCGGACACCUCGAUGUUCCUGGACUGCUACCACCCCCUCUUGAUGAGAGGGGCCUCCCCAUGCAUCCUGACCUGGGCCUACCUGGAGGGACGUGGGAUCCGUCCAUGGGUCCCCCAGAGCUGUUUGACAUGAUGACCCGUCGAGAGGAAUACGCUCGAGGCACCCGCAGUCCGAGUCGUAGCGGAAGUUCUGGCCGCUCUCGCUCUCGCUCCAGAAGCUCGUCGUACGACGAUCGUGGCCGACGGCGGAGAGACAAGAGAUUGCGCAGGCACUCCAGGUCACGGUCCCACUCUCGGGACAGGGACAGGGACAGACAUCGCAGCAGUCGGAGGACUCACCAUAGCAACCACCACCGUUCGGAGCGACACGACCGGGACCGUGAUAGAGAGAGGGACAGAGAGAGGGAGAGGGAGAAGGAGAGGGAGAGGGACCGGGUCGAGGCGACACCGGAGCUCCAGUCGUGACAGAGAAGAAGACAGGGGUUCGGCAGGUGGCAGUCGGAGUACCAGGGACAGGAAAACCAAGGAGCCUCCACCUCCACGAGAUGAACGCUCUCACUCCCAAACACCAUCUUAACCCCACACAUCCACCCCUCCCUUAUAGUGCCACUCAAUUUCUUCUUACACUAACACUCAUGAUGCACACACAGCAACUGCACAAAAGUCGAUUGUGUAUAAUAAUUAUUCCUUUCAUGUUGAAUAGAAACUGGUCAAUAAAAUAGACGAUGAUACACAUGGAGCACACCAUGGGAUUAUGACUUGGUUGUGCUGUAGUUUCUUCUGCUAUGUUCCAGACUCCCCUUAUCUCUUGGUUUCUCUCUAGUACGAUGGUAUGAGGAGUGCUCUUUUCUGUAGCUCGAGUGUUUAUAAUCGUCCUUUCCUCUCCUGUAGUCGUGUUUCUCGUCCUUACUUUGCUCCUCCUCUAUCCUCGUCCUCCUCUUUGUGUCAGAUAAACCACUCUCCCUACCAUCAUCUACUGAUCUAUGGUCCUGGGUAUGCCUUCCUUCUCCUCGAAUGACAGGCUCAUUGUCCCUACUUCUCUCACGUCUGUCUGCUUUGCCAGCCACCUGUUGGCGGCGAGGUACUGUUUGCAGUACAAGUGAGUUCAGAAAACGCUUGUUGACGCUUCUCUCUUUCACCCUACAGCAUUUAAAAGUGCUCCCAUCAAAUUGUAUAUACAGUUCUAGGAUAUUAAAGUAAUGACGUACCAGCCCAUGGUUCCUACCCUUUCCACUCUACUUUUUCUUCGUCUCACGUCCUCCAACAGAGACUCCACCGCCAAACUGCAACAACAGGCACACGAGCAGAGACACACGACUCUCGUUGCGCAAUAGAAGUAGAUAUAGAAGCCCGCCUUACCGCUCCAACUCUUGCUCAUCGACGGACUUUUCAUCAGCUCCCUCUGCCAUAACGUUUUCUCCAAAUAAAGCGCACCCGGGGUUUUCCCGUGCCUGAAAACAUGGCCGACGGUCCGGAUAUUCAGCGCGUCUUCUACGACGGCAGAUACCUUCCCAAAGUCUUCAUAGCCUACCCCCACAAGCCCACGCUCUACGAGCAGCGAGCACCGCCACAGAACUCGGCGGGAAACCCUGAAGUGUGGCGGCAGUUCGAGGAAGAAGUGGUGGCUCACGAACUAGCCGCCAAGAGAGAAGUGCACGACCACGAGACGGCCGUCCAGCGUUUCGCCGACUUUCUCACCUCUCAGUCGGUAGCCGUGGCCUACGACCUGCUGGUUAGGGACUCCGGGACGCCCAACAUAAUGCGCUGGUGCCAACACCAAAUCGAAGACUCCGACUACCUAAUCAUCGUGGCCACGCCCUCUCUCUGCCAGUUUCUGGACGGGAAGUGUCCCAGUGACGAAGAACCUAUCUUCAGCUCCGACUACCUCUACAACCUUAUCCACAGCUCCCCAUUGAAAAGGGACGGACGUAGACUCGAGAUGGUACCACUCUUUCUCGGGGCUCCAAAGAACUUAGAGAUGGUACCGGUGGCUCUUAGAGGAGCGAGUAUGUACGAAGUGUGGGACAGGGAGUAUACGGAGCCGUUGAGUGAGGGGAUGACAUCAUUACUAUGUAGACUCACCGGGCAAAACAGGUUCCAGCCUCCACCGCCAAGAGCACCCAUCAUCAUCCAACCUCGACAGAAAAGAUUUGGACCAAAACCGAAAGCCACAGUUGCACAGGAGACGACCCCCCAGCCCUCUGCCCCUCCCCCUCCCUAUCUCCUCCAUAACCAACACCCGCUAGACAUCAAGACUCUGUCCAGAAUCUCUGAGAAGAGUGGAUUUUCUCAGCAGUGGAGAAAGAUUGCUCCUCAUCUGGGGCUCACCGACGCAGACAUAGAGCGCUGUCAAGGGAAGGGAGGAGGGGAAGAAAGCGAGGCGUGUCUCCAGAUGCUCAAGUUGGGUGCCCAGCGACAGAACGGUGCACAUUUGACUCCGGCUGUUCUUACAGACGCUCUCGAAAAGAGUGGCUGCUCGUUUUUGUUCGAGACCCUGCAAUCUGUGCUGUAAUUGUUUGUAAAUAUUUUUGUGUCCCAGUAAAAACCUGAUCACUGGGAGUUGGUCAUCUUAAUAGGUGAACUUUGGCCCCUGGUGGGUGCGCAUUAUUUGGAGCAUAGGUUCAGGUGAGAAGUGUGGCAGCAGAUGGACAAGAACAAGGACCAGGAGAACGUGGUCAGUUCCAGCAGCGAGAAAACAGAGCCGGAGGCGGUGGUGCAGCCACCGCAGCUGCAAGGAACCAAAGACGACGACGCAACGCCAGACACAACGCAGGAAGAUGAAACUCCGCCGGCCGAAAAACCCGCACCUCCACCCACCGCGGCCGUUUCGGCUCCCGAGCCGCCGAGGAUCAAGCACGACUGGUACCAGACGCACGUGGACGUGGUGGUGAACGUGAUGAUAAAGAGACUGAGAAGAGAGGACGUGAGAGUGGAGUUUGGUGAGAGGCGACUGGAGGUGGAUAUUGACCUGGGAGAGGGGCGGAGCCACUCGCUGGUCUUUGCCCUGGCUCACCCCGUGGUGAAGGAGAAGUGUUCCUUCAAGAUCCUCACUACCAAGGUGGAGAUAAAGCUGAGGAAGAGCGAAGGGCUCCAGUGGGCUAAACUGGAAGGACCGGAGGUGUCUCCCAACAAUCCCCAGCCUCAGAUGGGCAGUGUGGGGAAAGAUGCAGCUGCGAAUGUGACCCACAAAUACCCAUCGUCCUCCCACCACACUCGAGACUGGGACAAGCUGGUGGCUCAGAUGAAGGCCGACGAGAAGAACGAAAAGUUGGAAGGAGACGCGGCCCUCAACCAACUCUUCCAGAGUGUCUACAAAGACGGGAACGAAGAGACCAGGAGGGCCAUGAACAAAUCUUUUGUGGAGUCUGGUGGAACAGUGCUGAGCACCAAUUGGCGCGAGGUGGGGGAUAAGGAAGUGGAGAGAAAGCCACCAGAUGGGA